AUGGAGAUAACAACCACCCCGGUGGACUAUGACAUGACCACAGAAUAUGACUACUCAGGGGCAACCCCGUGUCAGAAGAAAGAAAUCAGGGACUUUGGGGCCCAGCUGCUUCCACCUUUGUACUCCUUGGUGUUUGUCAUUGGCCUGGUGGGCAACAUCCUGGUGGUCCUGGUCCUGAUACAGUACAAGCGGCUCAAAAGCAUGACCAGCAUCUACCUCCUCAACCUGGCCAUUUCCGAUCUGCUCUUCCUUUUCACGCUGCCCUUUUGGAUCGACUAUAAACUGAAGGAUAACUGGGCUUUUGGUGACGUCAUCUGCAAAUUCCUCUCGGGUUUCUACUACGUGGGCUUAUACAGUGAGAUCUUCUUCAUGAUCCUGCUGACGGUCGACAGGUACCUGGCCAUUGUCCACGCUGUGUUUGCCCUGAGGGCCCGGACCAUCACGUUUGGCAUCAUAAGCAGCAUUGUCACGUGGGUCCUGGCCAUCUUGGCGUCCAUCCCUGGCUGGCAAUUUUCCAAGACCCAGCUGGAGUUUGAUCGCUACACAUGCAGCCUCCACUUCCCUCACGAGACCCUGAAGGAGUGGAAACAGUUCCAGGCGCUGAAACUGAACAUCUUGGGGCUGUUCUUGCCUCUGGUGGUCAUGAUUGUCUGUUACACGGGGAUCAUCAGGAUUCUGCUCAGACGACCGAAUGAGCAGAAGCUCAAAGCCGUCCGGCUGAUUUUCGUCAUCAUGAUCAUCUUCUUCCUGUUUUGGACGCCCUACAGCCUGGCUCUGCUGGUCUCCGCAUACCAAGACUCUCUUUUCACCCAUGAGUGUGAGCAGAGCAAACAGCUGGACAUGGCCAUACAAGUGACAGAGAUGAUCGCCUUCUCACACUGUUGCAUCAACCCCGUCAUCUACGUCUUUGUGGGCGAGAGGUUCCGGAAGUACCUCCAUCAACUGUUCCACAGGUUCAUUAUCGUGCACUUGGCUAAAUGCUUUCCCUUCCUCUCCACUGAGAGGCUGGAGAGGGUCAGCUCAGUGUCGCCUUCCACAAAAGAGAAUGAGCUUUCUGUGGGGUUCUGA